AAUUUCUUCAUUCCAUCGGCAACUAGGCACAGAAUAAAUCAUCGGAGCACAACUUUUAAACAGUGAGUCCUGCUCUUUAAUCUUCCGGAGAGAGUACAAAUCGAUAUCCUCAUUUCUCUACCAGUUUUUAAGGUGUAGAGAAGAUGGGAACCACCUUACUCACCAGCUGUGGUCUUCAAUGGAGAUAUCAUCACCAACAAAUAGUUCCUGACAAUCAUUUGCUUAGUCAUUCACCAGAAAACUUCCCAUCAAGAGCUAAAAUAACAGCAGAAUCCAGAAAGAGUGGCUUUCUUGAUGGUGAAAAUGAGAAAUCCGCCGGGUUUUUGAAGAGAAGGUCAGUUUUGGUUUCUGGGGUUUCUUUGGUUUCAACUUCAGUUUUGGGAUCUGCAGGAGAAGGGCUGGCAGUUGUGAAACAAGGCCUUUUAGCAGGAAGAAUACCUGGCUUAUCUGAACCUGAUGACCAAGGUUGGAGGACAUACCGCAGGCCAGAUGACAAGUCUGGGGGGCAUGGUGUUGGAUGGAGUCCAAUCAUCCCUUAUCUUUUUUCUGUGCCUCAAGGUUGGGAAGAGGUUCCAGUAUCAAUAGCAGAUCUUGGUGGCACAGAAAUCGAUUUGAGAUUUGGCAGCUCCAAGGAAGGACGCCUUUUUGUCAUUGUAGCUCCUGUUCUCAGAUUUGCAGAUUAUCUUGGUGAAAAUGCUACAAUCGAACAAAUUGGACCUCCAGAGAAAGUAAUUAACGCUUUUGGUCCAGAAGUAAUUGGAGAGAAUGUAGAAGGGAAGGUUCUAAGCAUGAAUGUAGAAGAACAUUCUGGAAGAAGAUAUUACCAGUACGAGCUAGAGCCACCUCAUGCACUGAUCACUGCAACUGCAGCGGGAAAUCGCCUCUACUUGUUCAAUGUCACUGGGAAUGGUCUUCAGUGGAAGAGACACUACCAGGAUCUGAAGAGGAUAGCAGACUCCUUUCGAGUUGUCUAGGCAAGUUCUUUUCUAGAUUGAAGAUAGCCAAGGAGCAGUCAGCAUUUUUCACCAACAAUGUAAUUUUCAACAAGAAAAACAGUUACAAUAGUGUAUUUACAGAACAAUUGAGUUCCACAUAUUAUCUUACGCAAAGGAACUUUGGGAAAA